AUGGCGUCUUUUGGUGAUCCGCUUGAUUCUAUCACAGAUCCCAGCGAUUGGGCACAAACGGAGUACCCAAACUUCUCCAAGCUCGACUCGUUGCUACGAUGCCAUAUUUGUAAGGAUUUUCUGAAAGCUCCGGUGCUGACGUCCUGUGAUCACAUCUUUUGCUCUGUUUGUAUCAGACGCAGUUUGGAUCUAAAGAACAAAUGUCCCUUGUGUUCGGAGGAGACAUUUGAGAGCAAUCUGCGCAAAGUACUGUUGCUGGACGAGAUUUCGACCUGGUUCUUGCGCAAUAGACCAGACUUGCUCGAUAAACACAAGCCAAACAGCCAGCCCGCGCCCGUGGUGGCCCCUACGGCCCCUGUGGAGCCAGAGAAGCCCAAAGAACCGAUUAGAUACGAGUCCCGCAAAAAGAGAACCGCAGACGAGGCGCUAGUCGAGUGUCCUGUGUGUUCGACGUUCAUGUCCGCCGACGAGCUCCAGACGUCUCAUAUAGAUACCUGUCUGUCCAAGAAGGCCAAACCGGCUCCAACACGCCCCACCAUAUCGAACUUUUUCAAGAAGGAAAGAACCCCACAGACACAGCCCGACUUCGUCAAGAAGAAGUCCAAGAUCUCCAACUUGGACCCAACCAUCUCCACGAGCAAGCUCAAGGAGAAGCUCAAUCACUGGAACCUGCCAACUACAGGAACACGACACCAGAUGAACACGCGAAUGAAGGAGUUCAUCAACAUGUACAACGCUAACCUUGACUCUGUGAAUCCGGUGGACGACCGUGUUCUGACCAACCGGCUACUCAAAUGGGAAGGAACGUACUCUUUGGAAGCAACGUCCAAAGACGACGACCAAGAGGGGUCACAAUGGCGCAAAAAGUACAAGUCAGAGUACGAAGACCUUAUCAAGCAGGCCAAGGCCAACAUGAAGCGAAUAACCACAAAUAAAGAUACCGAAUAA